CUUGUCUCGCACCCCUCAUUCCCGUCUUCCAGACCUUUCACCUGACUUCCUGGGACGUCCUGUGAGUUGUUUGCUCUACUUUGCUGCAGUUUCUCCAGCGUUCCUACAUCAUGGCCAACCAGGCUCCCGAUUCCUGGGAAGAUGAGCUCUCUCAGCAGACGGAAAACGUGAACUUGAACAACAACCGUCGCCCUCAACAAUUCAGCUAUCAGGGCUCGAGCUUCACCCCUGGCGCGGCUUCUUUCACGCCCGGCGCUGCAGCUUUUGUGCCCGGUCAGCAGUCGUACGGAUAUCCUCAGUACAACCAGCAACAGUACGGAUACCCCCAGCAGCAGCCCUACGGCCAGUACGGCGCUCAAUACGGAGCCUAUGCUCAGCAGCCCGGUCACAACCAAUACUACAACCAGCAGCAGUACGGUGGCUAUCAACAGCAGCAGCAGCAGCAGCAGCAGCAGCAGCCCCAGCAGACCCAGCAACAGCCCAGGCCCGCUGCCGAGUCCAAGCCCGCUGCCCCCAAGGUCCUGAGCAUCGGCGGCGAUGCUGCUCCGAAAGCUAAGGUCCUUUCGAUUGGCGGCGCCAGUGACUCCCCUAACGCUCCCAAGACCAAGGUUCUGAGCAUCGGUACCCCUACAUCUUCCGCGACUUCGGGUACGACCACCCCCGGCGAUACCAAGGGCACUGCUGCCGCCGACGCUGCCGCUAAGGUGACGGCUUCCAAGGCCAUUGAUAAGACGGAAAAGAAAGCGGAGGCCAAGGCUGCUGCUAGCGGCAAGUCUUCCCCUGCGCCCGCCUCCGGCCGCUCAAGCCCGGGAAGGGCCAGCCCGACCCGCGCCGAGAUUGCUAAGGCUGCCCGCGCCGCCGAUGUCGUCGCCCAGGAGCAAAAGGCCGAUGUCGACGAGGCCACCUUGAACGAACUUUACGGCGAGCUUGAGAAGAAGGAGCAUGUCAACGUUGUGUUCAUCGGACACGUUGAUGCGGGUAAAUCCACGCUUGGUGGUGCGAUUCUGGUAUCCACUGGCAUGGUUGAUGAGCGUACUUUGGAGAAGUACAAGAGAGAUGCCAAGGAAGCCGGUCGUGAGACUUGGUACCUUUCCUGGGCCUUGGAUCUCAACCCUGAGGAGCGCGCUGAGGGCAAGACUGUGGAAGUCGGUCGUGCUCAUUUCCAACUCAACCGCGAGGAUGGUGUUGAGAGACAUUUCUCCAUCCUGGACGCCCCUGGUCACAAGGCCUAUGUGCACCACAUGAUUGGCGGAGCCACCCAAGCCGACGUGGGUUGCUUGGUUAUCUCUGCACGUAAGGGUGAGUAUGAGACGGGUUUCGAGAAGGGUGGUCAAACGAGAGAGCACGCUCUGCUUGCGAGAAACACCGGAGUUAGAAAGCUAGUCAUUGCCGUCAACAAGAUGGAUGACCCUACCGUCGAGUGGAGCCAAGCUCGGUUCAAGGAAUGUACUGUCAAGGUUGGCAAAUACCUUAUGGGAUUGGGAUAUAAGAGUGAAGACUUGACAUUCAUGCCGAUCAGCGCGCAGACAUUGGUUAACCUUAAGGAUCGGGUGCCGAAAGAAGUGUGCCCUUGGUACGAUGGACCAUCGUUGCUGGAAUACCUCAGCAAGAUGGAACUGCCCCCUAGAAAGCUGAACGCACCUUUCAUGAUGGCUCUCAGCGCGAAGUACCGCGAUAUGGGAACUAUGGUUGAAGGCAAGAUCGAUAGCGGAAUCGUUAAGAAGCAGCAAAACCUCAUUGUUAUGCCAAGCAAGACCAAGGUUGAGGUUGCCGCUUUGUACGGAGAAACCGAAGACGAAAUUGCGACUGGAAGCUGCGGUGACCAAGUAAGAAUGCGCCUUCGGGGUGUCGAAGAAGAGGAUCUUCUUCCUGGCUUCGUUCUAUGCUCCCCUAGACGUCUGGUUCACUGUGUCUCUGCCUUCGAAGCCAAGAUUAAGAUCCUGGAAAUGAAGAGCAUCCUCUCUGCCGGUUUCAACUGUGUUAUGCACGUGCACUCGGCUGUGGAGGAAGUUACUGUUGCUGCGCUUUUGCACAAGCUUGAGCCUGGUACCGGCCGCAGAUCGAAGCGCCCCCCUCCUUUCGCCAACAAGGGAAUGACCGUUAUUGCACGGAUCGAAGUCACCAGCACUGCCGGUCAAGUUUGUGUUGAGCCCUUCUCGUACUCCGAGCAGAUGGGUAGAUUCACUUUGCGUGAUCAGGGACAAACCAUUGCUAUUGGUAUGAUCACCAAGCUCAUCGAGAAUGACGAGGUUGUUGCCGAGUAAAUGCGCGAACACAUGGUCUUUUGGCAUUUCCUAUCUCCCAAUCUAUUUUUCCGCGGCCAACAGCGAUGAUCCAUCGGGUUGGUUAGAAUAUCGGGUGGCAUGGGUGGGAACUGGCUCGACAACGACAAAUCUAUAACGUUGGCUGAUGAUGAUGAAUGUUAUUUUUCCUUUUCGUGAUCCCUAUUUCAUUAUUUGCUGCCUGCUCGAUAUAAAAGCGACUACAAGAAUUGCCCGCGACCCAGUAUCGCAAUACAUACAUCAGACUAAAAGGGUCUUGUGAAGUAACCAUGGCAGUGUAUUUAUCUAUCUAUAUCAAGG